AUGGGAGUAGGGGUCGACGCAUCAUCUUCUUCAUCUGUUUUGGGGAUCGGGAGGAACGAACGAAUCGGAAGCGAUGAAGGAGUUCCAAUGGUGGUCAUUCAAAUCGCGAGGAGGGACGGGGAGGUCGAUCUCCGCUGUGAUGGCGAGGGGGCUGUUCCGGUGAUGAACCGUAGCAGCGAUCAGUCUCCGACGAGCCUUCCUUGGCGUCUCCGGAGAUCCUCGUGUUUCUUCUUUUCUGGCCCGAUCGACAAUCACGAUGUUUCCCCAUUGCUUUGGCAGUUCCGAUCAACAAUAGAAAUUGAUAUAGGAGAAGGUCAGAAGGAUGUUUGGGUUUGAGCUUCUUUGACUGGAGGAGGGGCUGCUGCUCCUUAGCUCACCGGGAAACCACAAGAAAACCACCUCCAAUGGAGGUGCUCUUGGCUUUGCAUAGAAACAGAAAGAAGGGAGAGAAAGAGUGAGUUUGUGACUUUCCUAUGUGAUCAAAAGCAGAUAUCUAGAAGUUCUUGAGAUAUUGGAAGUACUUGGAAAUCUCUUGGAGGAUUGUGGAGAGGGUUUGUGUUUAUUGUCAUUGAUAUAGUAACGUUUAGUGAUCUAGUUCAGAUUUUCAGUUGACGUUGAUGAUAAAUUUGUGUACAACAAGUUUUGGGAAUGAUCUUGUGUAGAUUGCAUUGCAUAUUAUUGGCUUUUGAUUGUACAUGUAGGUGUUUUGGUGAUUAAGAAAACUGGUAACAUAAAUGUACCUAGUUAUGUAUUUUGUUAGAAUUUCUAUUAGUCUUCAUAUGUAUUAAUAGUUUCCUUAGUCAUAUACAUGUGUGUAUUCGUUUUAGAUUUUGAAGGCAAUAAUGUAUAUGCACAAUACUUAUACACUCCUAUAUCAAGGUUUAGCAUGUAUGAUGGUAAGGUAUUUAAAGAGUUCAG